GCUACUGUUGCCUGGAUACGCGUGUUUGGCUCCCGAAGCCAGCGGCUUUUCGACUUAUUUAGCCUAUCCUUACUCUGAAGCUUUAAGUUGUAUCGCAAUGGCAGAAGACGCGCAAGAAGUCCCCCAAAUCGCAUUAGAGGCUGUUAUUGGUUUUAAUGGUCAUGUGUUUUCUGGACUCAAAGUACAUCCAGACAAAGAACAUAUAAUCUAUCCUCUUGGCUGCACUGUUAUUAUUAAGAGUCUGAGAAGUGGGAAACAAACUUUCCUCCAUGGCCACACGAACAACGUCUCUUGCAUUUCUGUGUCCAAAAGUGGACGCUAUAUUGCUUCUGGACAGGUCACGUUCAUGGGCUUUAAGGCUGAUAUUAUUAUCUGGGACUAUGAGAAGAAGGAGAUUUAUGCCCGUCUUGUGCUUCAUAAAGCUAGGGUUGAAGAUCUCAGCUUCUCCCCAAAUGAUAAGUAUCUGGUAUCUUUGGGUGGACAGGAUGAUGCCAGCAUUGUAGUGUGGAACAUCGGGAGUAAAGAGGCUAUAUGUGGCAGUCCUGCUUCAGCACAGAGUGCUGGUCACUGCCUCACCAUCGAGUACACCAACCUGAAUGAUGAAAUCUUUGUCUCUGCUGGAAAUGGAACUCUGCGUGUAUGGGAGCUUGAUUUGACCAACAGAAAGAUCCGGCCCACAGAAUGCCAGACGGGACAGCUCAAGAGAAUUGUCAAAUGCCUAGAGAUCCCAAACGAUGAUAAUUAUUUCUACUGUGGAACUUCAAGUGGGGAUAUUCUGAAAGUGAACCUGAAGACAAGGUUGCUCAACAGCUGUGGUCCUGUUAAACAAAAAUUCAGCAAGGGAGUGAACACUCUUAAAGUCUUGAAGACUGGUGAUCUUUUAGUCGGAUCAGGAGAUGGGGUGUUGUCUUUGUGCUCAGGAGGGAAUUUCAAAACCAUUAAGAGUGUUCAGUUAGAGGGAGGGGUGACAUCAGUGACCCUGCGUGGAGACGGGCAGCAGUUCUACGUCGGGACAGAAGCUGCACAGAUCUACAGUUUAGGCUACAUUGACUUUAAACCAGAACUCAUCGCAACUAAUCAUAACAGUGCUGUAAAGGACGUGGCCUUUCCAUUUGGGACCUCAGAGCUGUUUGCCACCUGUUCACAGAAUGAUAUACGAGUGUGGCAUACUGACUCCUCCAAGGAGCUUCUGCGUAUCAUGGUGCCCAACAUAACAUGCAAUGCUCUGGGCUUUAUGAAGGAUGGCAGGAGCAUCUUCAGUGCUUGGAAUGAUGGGAAGAUUCGUGUGUUCACCCCAGAGAGUGGGAAGCUGAAGCUGAUAAUUCAUAAUGCCCACAGUAUGGGUGUGACUGCCAUAGCAGCGACCAAUGACUGCAAGAGGAUUGUCAGCGGAGGGGGAGAAGGACAGGUUAGAGUCUGGGAGAUAUUCCAGGACUCAUAUCGUCUCGUCGAGAUCAUGAAGGAGCACAAAGCCACGGUCAACUGCAUUAAGAUCAAGAGUAACGACAAGGAGUGUGUGACAGCCAGCUCUGAUGGAGCUUGCAUCAUCUGGGACCUGGUGAGGUUUGUGAGGAAUCAAAUGGUCUUGUCCAACACCCUGUUCAGUGUUGUAUGUUACCACCCUGAAGAAUUCCAGAUCAUCACCAGCGGCACUGACAGAAAGAUUGGCUACUGGGAGGUGUAUGAUGGUUCUGCAAUCAGAGAACUCGAGGGCUCCUUGUCUGGUGCUAUAAAUGGCAUGCAUAUUUCUGAGGACGGAAAAUAUUUUGUGACUGGGGGAGAUGACAAAUUACUGAAGCUCUGGCACUAUUCUGAUGGUGAAGUGACCCAUGUUGGCGUCGGGCACAGUGGAAGCAUCACAAAUGUGAGGAUCUGUCCCAACAGCAGAUGCAUUGUCAGCACCAGUGCUGAUGGAGCUAUCCUAAGGUGGAGAUAUCCACAAACCCUAAACCGUGAAUAAGAAUAUCUAAUGCAGUUCAGAUAUGAUAAUAGUUCAGAUAUACACUUACAUUGCAUUGCAUUCCUUCUUCUUACAAAUAAUUGUAUUGCAAAUUAGGUUAUGAAAUCUUGUGAGAUUUAAAGGUACCAUUAAACAGUCCAAUUCCAGUCAUUUUAUUGAAAUAAAGCAGCCUAGAGCCCCAGUUUCGGAGGACUAUUGUGAACUGCACUGUCAGCUAAUAUAUCACCUGAGAAUCUCCAGAGAGCCGGCGGGGGAGGUUUAGAGAAGUACAGCACGGCGUGAACCCAGCAUCGGGAUGUGCCUGUCCCAAAUUUCCUCUCACCUCUGAGGAACAUCCUCAAUAAUGAAUAUCUUAACCCCUAACAGUAAGGAUAUUCGGCCACAUAUAUUUUCAAAAAAGGGUUUCUGUGCUGAUUUUAUUUAGUAUGCCCUAGACCACAGAUAACAGAGAUCUGAUGACCUCUUUUGUUGCUGAUAUAAAGACAUAAAAUAAAGUCAGUAGGCUAUCCAAUCAAAGUUCAGCUCGGUAGUCAUAUAAACUGUAUCUAUCUGUCUUGAAGUUAAGGUGUGUGAAAACAAAAAACAAAAAAGAAAAACAGAUAUCUAUCAGAGGAUAAACCUGUACAGGGUGUCUGAUAAAACAAGAAACAGGGUGAGGGUGUAAAUAAAAAUAAAUAAAUACUAGUUGGUAUUAUACAGGUUAAGUGCUGAGUUUACUCUUUAUUCUUUAUCUGAUCUCAUUCUUGUUAAAUGGGUGCAUAAUGGGUCUAGAGUUAUGAAAAUACAUGCAUAUGAUUCUAAACAUGAAAAUUAAUUGUGGACAAGCUUUUAAAAAGAAGAACACAAGGAAACAGUAGGGGGCUCCGAAUGCUUGGCAAAAAGACAAGCAAAACUGUGGUGAACCUCAGAAUACUUCAUCAUCUACCUUACACUAGCCCUCCAAGGCUCCCCAUUGUCCACUGAAACAUUGGAAGGCCCCAUGACUUUUUCAGUUGCUGUGAUUUACAGGAAAUAAACAAACAAAUACAUACUACUAGUACUACUAUUCUACUCACAAUUUAUACCAGAUAAAAUGUUUUAGAGCUUGGCAUAAAAUAAAAACGAUAUAUUUUUAGGAAUCUAUUAAUUUAAAAGUAUUUUUUGAUAGACUUUUCAAGGUCUAUAAAUCACAUUUUUAAAAUAAGCUUUUUUUUCAGAAAAGAAAGUUGCUGGAAAGGUUAAUUAAACAUGAUUUUUAUUUGUUCUGGCUUAUUUUAACGCUGGGAUGUGUUUAAAUCAUUUCAAAUUUUCAGUCCGCACAAGGGGCAACGAAUCCUAUUGAAAGUCAAUCAUUUACAUACGCAAGGAUUUUUUUUUUUUUAUGAAUAAAUGAAAAGAAUGAUCCUCAGAAUAUAUAACUAUCUAUAUUCACACACACACACACACACAUUAAUUAAAUAUUCUGAUAUUAAUGAAAGUUAAUCAUAGAGUGAUUUGUGUUAGUGCUCUUAAGUAUUGUAUUUCAUCACACCCCUGUGUGUUAAUUGUUAAUGUCAUGAAUGAGAAUUAUUGAGUU